AUGGUCUUCUUUCAGCAUUUUUCUCGUGGGUCUCACAACAAUUUACGGGUUUUGGCUUUUCAACUGAAUCCUAGAAGCAUUCGAAGACGUAACCAAUUUUCAUUCUCAGAGAAACUAUAUACCACCAACACACACGAGCCGAAUGGAAAGAACACCGAAGCAAAAUGUAAAGCUCCAUUGACAGAAGCGCAAAAAAAACUUAUUAAAAGUAUGAUUAGAGUUGAUCAAGCGGGAGAAAUUGGGGCAAAUUGGAUUUACAAGGGACAAAUGGCUAUAUUGGGUGACGACAAAAGAGUAGGACCUGUGAUCCAGAAUAUGUGGGAUCAAGAGAAACAUCAUCUUCAAACAUUCGAUGAGAUUAUUGUUCGUUAUAGAGUAAGGCCGACAUUACUGCGUCCAUUAUGGGAAGCAGCGGGUUUUAUCCUGGGUGCUGGCACUGCCCUGAUGGGUAAAGAGGCAGCCAUGGCCUGUACAGAAGCAGUUGAAACCGUAAUUGGCGAACAUUACAAUGAUCAAUUGCGAGAGUUAUUGCAUAUUGACAAUGAGGAAGUUGAGGAUCUGAAAAAGAUAAUUAAAGAAUUUCGUGAUGACGAAUUGCAUCAUUUGGAUAUCGCUGUAGAUCACGAAGCUCAAAAG